AACCUCCCGAGCUCCAACCAGCCACCCCGAAAAAGUCCACCGUACCACGAUGAAGUUUACCCUAAACCCAGUGGUGCUGUCGCGCCAGAUUCGAGAGAUGGGCGACCCCAGGACGCGAGACUACCCUCUGGUCAUGGACCCGCUGUUCGUCGUGAUGCUGGUGGCUGCCUACCUAUACUUCGUCAAGGUGGGCGGCCCGCGCUGGAUGAAGAACCGGGAGCCCUUUGAAAUCCUCAACGUCGUGCGCGUCUACAACUUGGCACUGGUGCUCAUCAAUGUGCGGUUCCUCUACGUGGUGCUCCAGUUCACCUACCUGCCCGGCGGCCACUACAACCUCUGGUGCCAGGGCAUCACGGGCCACAUGACCGACGAGAUGCGAGAGUACUACCGCACGGGCUACGUGUACACCAUCUCGCGCUACAUGGACCUGCUGGACACCGUCUUCUUCGUGCUUCGCAAGAAGUUCACCCACAUCACGCACCUGCACGUCAUACACCACACCAUCGUGGUCGCCAACGUCUGGUUCUUCACGCUGUUCGCGCCCGAGGGUCAGCCCGCGCUGGGCAUGUGCCUGAACGUCUUCGUCCACGUCAUCAUGUACUCGUACUACUUCCUGGCAACGCUGGGGCCCGGCGUGCGCAAGUACCUCUGGUGGAAGAAGUACCUGACCACCAUGCAGAUCGUCCAGUUCGUGAUCAUCAUGAUACACAUGUCCAUCCCCCUGUUCGUGGACUGCGGCUUCCCGAAGCAACUCGUCAUCAUGGGCAAUCUGCAGACGUUCCUCAUACUCUGUUUGUUCAUCAACUUCUACAUCAAGACUUACAUCGCCAAGCCCGAUCAUCCUGUUCGGCAGGACCACGCCGGCGUGAAGGACACCGUAGUCGAGCCGCUAAAAAAUGGCAAGACCGAGUAAAGACUCUCGGUCAUUUAUAGAGUGACCGUUGAAAGGUACUACCGAGCGCUUAGGUGACACGCCUGUGGCAUGAAUGGUUAAAGCCAGGGCUUGCGGACUCAUGAGAAGUGUCACAAGUUGCAUUGCACUUUCAUUUCAUGCUGAUCGUGCCAUAUCACAGGUACUUUCAC